GGCGGGGCGGGCGCCAUGCGGCGGGGCGCGCUCCUGGCGGGCGCCCUGGGCGCCUACACUGCCUACCUGGUGCUGGGCGCGCUGCUGGUGGCGCGGCUGGAGGGCCCGCACGAAGCCCGGCUCCGAGCCGAGCUGGAGGCGCAGCGGGAGCAGCUGCUGCGGCGCAGCCCGUGCGUGGCCGGCCCGGCCCUGGACGCCUUCGUGGAGCGGGUGCUGGCGGCCGGACGGCUGGGGCGCGCCGCGCUCGCCAACGCUUCGGGGCCCGCCAACGCCUCGGACCCCGCCUGGGACUUUGCCUCGGCCCUCUUCUUCGCCAGCACGCUGGUCACCACCGUGGGCUACGGCUACACGACGCCGCUGACCGACGCGGGCAAGGCCUUCUCCAUCGCCUUCGCGCUCCUGGGCGUGCCGGUCACCAUGCUGCUGCUGAGCGCCUCGGCCCAGCGCCUGUCGCUGCUGCUGACCCGGGCCCCGCUGUCCUGGCUGAGCGAGCGCUGGGGCUGGGACCCCCGGCGGGCGGCCCGCUGGCACCUGGCCGUCCUGCUGGGGGCUGUGGUGACCGUCUGCUUCCUGGUGCCGGCCACGGUGUUUGCCCACCUCGAGGAGGCCUGGAGCUUUCUGGAUGCCUUCUACUUCUGCUUUAUCUCUCUGUCCACCAUCGGCCUGGGCGACUACGUGCCCGGAGAGGCCCCUGGCCAGCCCCACCGGGCCCUCUACAAGGUGCUGGUCACAGUCUACCUCUUCCUGGGCCUGAUCGCCAUGGCGCUGGUGCUCCAGACUGUCCGCCGCGUGUCCGACCUUCACGGCCUCACAGAGCUCAUCCUGCUGCCCAAUCCGGACCCUGCCAGCCUCACCGAGGAGGACGAUCGCGUGGACAUUCUGGGCCCCCAGCCCGAGCCGUGCCAGCAACUCACGGCGGGCUCCCACGCCGACUACGCCUCCAUCCCCAGGUAGCAGGGCAGGCGCCCUGAGGCUGGAUGGACCUGGCCUGUGGCUGAGGGGCCCACGAGACUGGAGCUGACAUCCUAGAACAUUCUAGAACCUCUGCGAGCACAUGCCGGUGUUCCUGAGGCAUCGCCACCAACUGUCCUUCCUGUUUUACCUGUCCCGGCCUCCGCCGGGCGUCCACACCGCCUUGUCCUCCCUGCCCCUUCUCUCGUUCCCCCCACUCUGUGCCUCCCUGGCUUUCUCACCGUCUUUGUUUCUCACUCUUUUACUCACUCCUCUGCCUCUCCCACCCAGCCACUCAUCACUGCCGAUUCUACCAGGCUCCGGGCCCAGACCUCAUUCCAGGCACCGCAUCGCUCAACACACCUCGGGCCAGUGACUGCUCCUCUCUGAGCCUCGGUGUCUUCAUCUGUCAAGUGGAAAGAAUAUAGUCACUCAUCCAGAACUCUUCCUCUGUGCUGGCCCGUGCUGGGCAGUGCAAGGGACACAGUGGUGGUCGAGAUGGCCUGGGCCCUGCUCUUAGUGGGCUCACAGUCCAGGGACGUGGACAGCCCUAUCCCCACACAGUGACAGCCCAGAAUAGGCAAGACCUCAGUGGCGGAGGCAGCGUGGUCAGGGGUGUGAUGGAGGAAGCACAGGGAAUUGCCCAAUCCCACCUGGAAGGUCAGGAGGGCUUCCUGGAGGAAGGGACAACUUACUCAGCCCUGAAAUAUGAGGAGUAGCCAGGGAAGAAGAUGUACUUGACAUUCUCCUCAAGUGUCUCCAGGAAGCAAGACCCAGGCAGGGAGCCCUGAGGUGAGCCUGGGUGCUGGAAUCUUCCUCAACUGCCUGGCAGGAGGAUGCUGAGACAGGAUCCAGCCUGGACACCAUUGUGACUGCUGUCCCCGUUCACCGAGCACUAACUGCAUGUCCUGUGCUGGGCUCUGGAGCCAGCCUGCUUGGGUUCAAAUCCCGACUCAGCCGCGUCCUGCCCACAUCCUCGGGCGGUCCCUCCACCUCUGAUUCCCGGUUCCCUCGUCUGUAAAAUGGCGAGAAUAGCAGUACCGACUUCAAGAGAUGAUGUCACAGAGGCUGCCCUGUUAUUCGGUGCUGCUUUCUUUGCCAGGCCCCGUCCUGGGUACCUCACAUAUGAGGAACACAGUGUUAUCACCCCCUUUGCACAGAUGAGGAAACUGAGGCUCGGGGGUGGGGGGCCCUUGUUUUAGACUCAGGGUGAGGA